AUCUUACUUAUGGUGCAAUUCGGCAGUGACAGCAUGGCUCGUAAGCUGCUUGACAAGCCGCUGAAAGCGGUAUGUUUUGUGAAAAUUUGUUUUGGUGCAUAUUUAUUUUACAUACUUGACGUAUUUUUUUUUACCUUCGCUUCUGCCGGGCAACGGAUUUAUAUUCCUCGCCUGAGAUUGCCAUUUGUGAAUCGCCAGAGAUAUCCGAAGGCUCAGGUGGUAUCGCACAUCAUGGUGGCCUGAUGCGAUCGUCUCGUUUUGUGAUUGAACCCAACAUCUCCAAACUUCCUUAUAUCACCCUAGCAGCAUUGCAGUUGGUAUUCAAUCCAACCCACAACCCGUGUGGUAUGCAUCAUAGUUCAUCAGCAUAGCCCUCUCAUUUAGGCGAACUACAACCUGGAUGCAAACAACAAAGUUUGUACACAUAACGCCUCCCUUUUCUUGUCUAAUUCACAACUCGUUCUAUUUAUACAUCCCCGACAUACAGGUACAAACCACCGUGCCUGACCAGGACACAUCAAUCUUCAACUGGAACUUCAUCGAAACAUUUGCGAACAACUCUACGACGGCCACGGACUUCAAGCGCAGCGUGAGUCACUUUGAAAGCAGUAUAUUUCAUAGCAGCUCUGACCAUAAUUCCACUCCUUCCUCCCCAACCGUCUCUCCCACUCACUCGCCGGUGUUCCGCCGCUCUAACCCUGGUGCUAUACAUGAGCUACACAACCAAUCCGCUGCAACCGGACACCCAUCUGGCAGUAGGAUCGGCACCGACAAUACGGAGGUGAAAGCUGGUGGUGUAGUCAGGACUAACACACACGCUACGAUACAUGCAAACGCAAAGGCAUAUACUCCUUCACAUUCAAGCCAAUUAUUAAGGCCUCAGCCGACGAUCCGAACUGCAAAAUCGGUGAACGCUACCCCGUCACAGCAUCCCAUGUUCAAUCGGUUGCAAGGUGAUAACGGCAAUCACAGCAGAGAUCGUAUACCGAGUGAGGACGAUGGUGAUGUGCUGUUCAGCAAUAAUGCCAGCAAGAGUCCGGCAGACUCGCCGCGAGUGGCAGGUACGAGUGAACGUGCUAUGAAGUUCUUGGGCCUUGACGAUCAGCACGACGAUACAUACGGUGAUGGACCCCCACCGUCCCCGCUCGAAGCGCUCACGAAGAAAUUUAUUUUGCCUUUGCUAUGGUGACUACCGCCUGCGCUUGCCUGCGCUCGAUGGAUUCUCGAAGAACUGUAUAUGUAGAAAUUUUUUUGCAUCUGCUCCGGCUCCGAUGAUAAACGAGCCGUGAAUAAAUACAUCAAUUUAG